AACCGUUUUAUCGGUGGUUACAUGGGAUAACAUGAUUACCGGGGAUAGUUGCCCUGGGGCCUCUGUGUCAAAUUUGUGAGUCUGUCCUAUCCCUGUUGCCUCACACCUAUUGGCCUGGCUGCUUAUUUAACUGAGCCCUCUCAUUCAGCUCUGCACCCCUUCACACUGUUCCCCUGCAGUUUUUUCUUAGUGUUCUUUCCUUCCCUCAUGGCAGAUGUGAUCUUCUCCCUCGCAGCCCUGAAAGCCUUCAUUUUCCUGGUUGUGGGAAACGCAUACAGUGAGCAGCCUGCUGCUGAGACCCCCUGGGAGGAAUCAAGGCAUUGAAUAAACUAUUCGUUGUUCCUGAGGUAUAAAAAUGGUCAACAAGACAAUAGUUGUGGCACUGACUGUGCUGCUUUUGGCAUCUGUCUGUACUUUUGUGGGCGUCUUCUUCGGUGUGGAGAGAAGAGGGCGUCAGGGUGAGCAUGUGUACUUGAAGGCGGCUGUGGCAGCAGAUGCCGGGCCUUGUUCAGAGGUCGGCAGAGACAUACUGAUGAAGGGGGGGUCUGCAGUUGAUGCCUCUAUAGCUGCUUUGCUGUGUGUUGGACUAAUGAACGUUCAAAGUAUGGGCAUCGGAGGAGGACUUUUCAUUAACAUCUAUGACGCAAAAAGUGGGUUGACUGAGACCAUCGAUGCCAGGGAGACGGCACCACGCAAUGCAACGGAGAAUAUGUUUGGGAACAAUACAGAUUUAUCCCGGAAAGGAGGGUUGUCUGUUGCUGUACCAGGGGAAAUUCGAGGUUAUGAGAUGGCACACAAUCGACAUGGCAAGCUGCCAUGGAAAGACUUAUUCCAGCCGAGCAUUGAUCUCGCAGAAAAAGGUUUUCCUGUGGGCAGAGCACUUGCCUCUUCUCUGUCCAGAUACAGGACAACCAUCCGCAAUGACGCAGCCCUAUGUGAAGUGUUUUGUGGGGAAAAUGGUGAUAUACUAAAAGAAAACGACACCAUCACUUUUCCCAAGCUUGCAGAAACCUACAGGAAAAUAGCAGAAGAGGGUGCAGGUGCCUUUUACGAGGGACCGCUGGCUCAGAACCUUGUGACAGAUAUUCAGGCAGCAGGCGGUAUCAUCACAAUGGAGGAUCUGAAGGAUUAUGUGCCUGUCUUGGAUUUGAACCCUUUAAGGGUGAGUGUGGGGGAGUACACCAUGGUUGUUCCCAAUGCCCCCGCCAGCGGCCCUGUACUCUCACUGAUAUUAAACAUCUUGAAAGGGUAUAACUUGAGCUCAGACAGUGUGGCAAGCACAGAGAAAGAGAUCCUAACCUACCAUCGCAUCGUGGAGACUUUUCGUUUUGCUUACGCAAAGAGGAGCUUACUUGGAGAUCCAGCAUUUCUCAACAUCACAGAUUUCAUCAAAAAUAUGACUUCAGAUUUAUACGCUGAUAACCUCCGUGGAAAGAUCACUGAUGACACCACACACGAAAUGAGCUACUACGAGCCAGAGUUUGUCCUGCCUGAAAACCACGGGACCUCACACCUCUCCAUAUUAGCAGCGGAUGGAAGCGCAGUGGCCGCCACCAGUACCAUCAACCAUUUUUUGGGCUCCAAAGUCAUGUCAAGAUCAACCGGGAUACUUCUCAACAAUGAGAUGGAUGACUUCAGCUCCCCACUUCAGACAAACCACUUUGGAGUGCCUCCUUCACCAAGCAACUUCAUCAGACCAGGAAAAAGGCCAAUGUCUUCAAUGUGUCCAGCCAUCCUUUUUGACAAAAACAACAAAGUUAAGAUGGUGGUUGGUGGUUCAGGAGGAACAAAAAUCACUACUUCUGUUGCUCAGGUGAUUUUAAAAGCUCUGUUUUUCAACUACGGUCUGGAUAAAGCCGUGGCAGAGCCAAGGCUCCAUAACCAGCUGAGUCCCAACAAAACUGUGGCAGAGCCUGGCUUUGAUCAAAACAUCCUGGAUGGUUUGGUGUCAAAGAAUCACGAGGUAGAGCACCUCACAUCGUCAGGAGCUGUGGUGCAGGCUAUAGUGCGUAACGAUGACGGACUCCACGCUCAGUCAGACCCUCGCAAGUGGGCCUACGCUGCAGGGUACUGAGGCACACCUCUAAUUAUACAGAGACACUGCAGCUGUGUGAACCUUGACACCAGUGGAGCCAGAUAAGUGAUUAGAGAGUUAAUGAAGAACCAGGAGAUGUCUUGAACAAACUGUGUCCUCAUUGUUCACAACAAACAACUCGGACAGCAUUUGUGACGUUAUUGCUCAUUAUGACUUUGUGCUUCAGUCUGAAAUUGAUUCUGAAUAUUGACUCUCACGCCCAUUUGCAUUUGUGUGCCACACCAUUUUG